AAAGUUUCAGUUCAGCUGUAACAUUACCAAAGGGAAGCAUACUGCACUCUCUCUACUGUAUUUGCAUUUGUGCACGUGAAUUUUCACAACUUCUUCAAAUAUUGAAAGAGAAGAAUCACCAAAGAGUUUAAUCGAUCGAGUCAGCGAUGUCCUUAUUACCGUUAUUGUUCUCUGCUUGGUGGGCGAAUUUGGACCGUCUACAUCAACUCCAACUCCGGGAUCAAAAUUUUGGUAUGGGACUUUAUCCCGAACAAUUAGUGUUACCAAGCACGCUCGACACAAUAUAUCCAAGACUGGCGAAUAAAGAUGCUUUGGAUUUUUAUUAUUUACCAUUGGCUGAGCUUAUACGUCGUCGUGAAAGUGAUACGUCAACUAUCAUUGCAGAUAAAAAUAUGUUUAAGGUGAUGCUCGACGUGCAGCAAUUUAAGCCUGAAGAGAUUACCGUGAAACUUAUUAAUGGGUUCGUUGUGGUGGAAGCGAAACAUGAAGAGAAGAGAGAUCAACACGGUUUAAUUUCAAGACAAUUUGUAAGGAGAUACUUGUUACCUCAACGUGUGGAUGACGAGAAGCUGUCGUCGAACAUUUCCUCCGAUGGCAUAUUGACGAUCACGGCACCGUUGAAACCAACUGAAGAGAAAUCGAACGAGAGAACUAUCAAAAUUGAGUUUACAGGCAAACCUGCCAUUCGUACAACGACGGAGAAGACUGAAGACACCAAAAAGUCAAUUUCCACGGAAGAAAGUCGUGAGGAAACAACACAGGAGACCCCUGAGAAAUAAGACUUAAUUCCUUCUGUUUAUUAUGAUUUAUAUAAACGUAUAAUUUUACGAUUAGUUCCUUUUCCAAUGAUAGACUAAUAAUUAUUUAUUAUAAGUCCUUUUAAUAAGAAAUUCCAUUGUAAUUAUAUUUCUUUUUCAUAGUUUUUUAAUAAAGCAAAUUUUAAUAAAAUUUC